AUGGCCAGAAGUGACCAGACGGAGAUCCUGAACGAACACAAUGACUACAGAAGAAACGUCAAGCCCACAGCUACCAACAUGCUAAAGAUGAACUGGAACAGGGAGGCUGAAGCCAACGCUCAGAAGUGGGCCAAGACCUGCUCUAUGAAGCACAGUCACCCCAGCCAGAGAGAAAUAAGCACGAGUGGUUGUGGUGAGAACCUGUUCAUGGCCAGCAAUAGGAACACCUGGAGCUACGCCGUCAAGUCCUGGCACGACGAGGUGAAGGACUUCAAGCACGGGGUCGGCUCCAUCAACGGACGCAUUGUGGGACAUUACACUCAGAUGGUGUGGAAUAGGUCUGAUCAGCUGGGCUGUGCCAUGGCCUACUGCCCCAACUCCCGCUAUAAGUACUUCUACGUCUGCCAUUACUGCCCCCCGGGGAACUUUAACCUCCACACCCCCUACAAGGCCGGCCCCACAUGCAGAGACUGCCCCAACGACUGUGAGAACAAGCUGUGCACCAACCCGUGUCCGUAUGUGGAUCAGUACUCCAACUGUCCCGACCUGGUGAAGCAGCACGGCUGUAACAACUCCAACGUCGCCUCCUGGUGUCCGGCCUCAUGCAAGUGCAAGGGACAGAUCGUCUGAGGAGCCAGCCAGCACUCACGCAUAACUCUAUACACACACAUACACACACACACACACACACACACACACACACACACACACACACACACACACACACACACACACACACAUUUAUUUAGACAUGCACACACACACACGCGCACGCACACAUGCACACACACACUCUCUUUCUGUCCACUUCGCUGACCUAUUGGCCAUGCCAGUUCACACAUAUUCAUCUCAAGACUUGACCUCUUUAGCGACGUCGUUUAGAUGAACUUGGU